AGGAGAAGAAUUCUGGCUGGCGGGAGGUUGUCGCGCUUGGCUUCCGCCAAAGGUAAAAGAAACGCGAAGGAAUACGACCUAGAAAUUCAAAAAAGUCUGGUUUUUCCUUUGUCACUUUCCAGUGAUUGAAGUAUCUGUGUCUUAAGCGGACGGCACAGCAAGAGGACUAAGUCAUUCGAGUUCACCACAACAUAGCUGGGAACGGGAGUUUUGGUUGCAUUCGUCACUGGUGGUCUCACUAACGGAAAUAAAAUGGAGGCUCCUUGUAGAAUGGGUGAUCGAUCGACUAGCGACGUUAUUGUGAGAGUACGAACCCAUGAUGGCCGUGAUGAAUGGAUAUAUUGUCACUCUCAUAUCAUUGUAAGGAACAGCAAAUAUUUUGCAGAUCGCCUCUCUGAGACUUGGCCAACAUGCCAGAUUCUUGAUUCCCGUAACUGUGUUGAGGUUUACUGCCAAGAAACAGACUUUGAUCAUCAUAUUAAUGUUCUGCGCCUGCUUUAUGUUAUCAUUGAUGGGUCAGUAGAUGACUUGUGCCAUGGUGUAAAAAAUGCCCUUGGCAUCCUUCAAGUGGCAGUAGGACUUGGGUGUCCGCAAAUUAUUACUGCUUGUGUGAACUACUUGGAAGCCGUUCCUUGGGAAGAGGCUGAGGAAGAGGAAAUUCUGAAAAUAAUACCUGGAUUGGGACCACAAGUGCAGCCAAUUCUUGCCCGUUUGCAGCCAGUAAAUUCAUCGGCUAUUAUAGGUAUUUUUCUCUCAGCCUUUCAGUUUGCCACAUCGUCACCUCCUUCACCGAUGAAUGAUCUUAAAUCUUCUGCUCAAGAGCAGCUUGAGUACAUGAUAACCGAAGAUGAUGAUGCGCCGCUAUUAACAGAUGAAAAUGAGAUAAAAUUGGAGGUGGAGGAAUGUGUUAGGAGACUGUUUGCUAGAUUCAGUGAUAUGUUAGACACUCUUUUAUCUUAUACAAUUGAUUCUGUCCAUGAUUUGGGAGAUAUGCUGUUAUUUCAAUCACAUUUAUCAGAUUUGUUGUGGGCUUGUCAAAUGUUAACUAAGAUGGAGAUAAUGAGGGAAUUCGUUAACAGUUGGAUAGAAGCUUCAGAUAAGAUUGUUAAUUUUGUUGAGCAAGCAAGUCCAGUAGCUGAAACUGUUGAGAUAAAGUUCAAGGUCAUUGAGGUAGCGGCAAAAGUUUUAGAAGCAAUAGGUUAUGGCAAUGUCAUUUUACCAACUGCUGAACGGUUUCAUAUGGUGAAGGUUUGGCUUCCGUUUGUAAGGGUUACAAAAGCUUUUAUUGAUUCUAUCAUCACAAAUGAGGAGGAUGCUGCAGCAUUUAAAAUGGAUGGUGAACUGUGGAAGUCCUUACAAUCCACAUUUGUGUCAAUAAUUCUUUCAUUGCCAUCUGGGGACCAGGCAAAGAUUUUAACUGAAUGGUUAGAGAACAAACAUAUACGAUAUCCAGACCUGACUGAGGCAUUUGAGAUGUGGUGUUUCAGAUCCAAGGUAGCUAAGAGAAAACUUUCGUUGCUUGGAGGUGAGAAUGAUCUCCCUGAUUCAGAGAUACUUUGACAGUUUCGGGGAGCUUUUUCCCAUCUUUCUGUUGGUACUAAUUCAUGCAAUCUCUUCCUCAACUGAUGCCUGGCUAAAUCUCUUUGUUCCAUUUUUGUUCUUAUAUUGUUCUCUGGAGGAGCGGAAUGAAUCUUUUAAACAGGAGAUACUUGAGUUCCAGGCCAUUUAAGUGCUUUGUCAAAAUCUCUUCGUUUCAUUUGUAUUUCUAGAAACUUGUAAAUCAUGUGAUGCUAGGUUGUCUAAUUGUAAAUCAUCUCCAGAUAGCUCGAUUCAAGCUGUACAAAUUACGAUAUGAUUUAGCUAUGAUCAAUCCCAUCAUACUUUUGUGGCCUUAGAUAGACAA